UUGACCAACAUUGUUUUGAGCCUCUUUCUGCCCGUAAAGCUUUUUAUUUUGAGUGUUUUUAAUGGUGUUUUCCCCCUCUUGACUGCAGCACUUCGUAAACGACAGCCGAGGUUGGAAAAAUAACAGUUGGUAUUUCCUUAAGACUUGAACGCAGCACAACGUUGCGUCAGCUGAUUAGCGACAGAGCCGUAUGAAGCUCACGUGACUCAUAUCUGCACAUGACUGUUUGGAACUGCACAUCGACAUGGCUGCAGCAUCACAACCUGUCUACUGGCUGGGUAAUGACACCCUGCGGGUGUCUGCAGCCCUGUUUGCAGAGAACCGUCGACGACUGUGCCAAGGGCUGAAAGCCAAAGAUGGAGUGGUGCCACAGUCAGUGGUGGUGCUGCAGGGAGGAGAGCAGAAGCAGAGGUACUGCACGGACACAGACCUCCUUUUCAGGCAGGUAAGUAGUUUUGAGUUGACUCCAGGAUUGUUACAAAACUGAGGCUGAGGUGGGGGCAAGGUUUGCAUAAUUCAUCCAUCUAUGAUCCUCAAGCAUGUCCUGUGUCAGUGUCCUCUCCUCAGUGUUGUGCCCGAUCGCUGAAGCGCCCAGAGGGCAUUUUAUCAAGGUCCAACAAAAACCUCACCCAGCUUCUCACAAAGUCAAGUCCAGUUCUGAGCUUCUCUGGCACUGUUAACC